UCACUGGUUGGAACCUCGAAAAACAAGCAUGCCGCGUAAAUCAUUCCAUUCUGGCAAUAAUGCGCGUAAAUUACGGCAUGUUAGGUGUAAGUAAUCGUCCCGUAUUAAUUUGCUUAUUGUGAGUGAAAGUGAAUGCAUCUACGUAGUCCUAAUUUGCCAUUAUAAAUAUCCAGCAGAUGCGGAUUAAUUAGCCAGAACACUAUCCACAUGGGAUACCGUGUUCACCAUGUGGAGAUCAUGGAAGACGCUUUUAUUUGUGCUUUAUCAUAUCUUUGUAUUUCUCUUUGUGGACUGAGGCAGCGGACAAGUUAUGUCCGAAUUUGUAUGGCGACGAUGAUGACGAUAGCGAAGCCCUUUUAGCCGGCAGCUCGGGAUUUUCAGAGACUCGCUCCUGUCAACUGGACUGCACACGCGACGAUGAAUUCGACAUCAUAUGCGAGAACACCCGUUUCAACUACCUCAUCUCUAUGAUUAAGAACGUUAGCCUGCCGGACAGCAAAGGCAUCAAUCUCUUCAUAUGGAGCUCAACCGACAUUGUCGAGCUAGAAUCCGGCGUCUUCAGUCCGAUUCAAAAGCAACUGAAAAGUCUUCAUCUGUACAAUGUUAGCAAUCUCAUCAAUUUCCCCGUUCUACGGGAAAGCCAGAUACGGACCCUCAAAAUCCAGCUGGCACCCGGCGUCACGCAGUUCAAUGCGGAAUUACUUCCGGCCACUAUUGAGAAAAUUGUCCUGAUGGCCACCGGCAUUACCCAAUUACAGGUGGAUCUCCAAGAGGUUAUUCCCAUGCAGAAUAUGAAACUCUUUGCCUUUGCACACCACACCAUCACGGGACUGAGUAAUGACUUUAUGGACAUAUUUCCCAACUUGGAAACGUUGACCUUUACCGAUAAUAUUGUCUCGAUGGCGCGCAUUCCGGACUCCUUGUUCACCACGAAGAGUUUACUGAAGACAUUUGUCGCUGUUAACAACACAUUCACUUCGACAUUUGUCCAGCAACAGCUGUUCGAGACAAUUAUCGAAAAUUUGAAUGUGGAUAACGGCAGCGUGGUCAAUCUGGCCGGUAAUAACCUGCAGAUUACAAAAGAUGCUGUAACCGCGUUUUCGAGUAUUAACACCACCAGGAAAGUAGUUUUCGCCGGUAACCAAUUCGACCAGUUUUUCUCAGCCGGGGAAAUGUUUCGGGGCUUUGAGUUCUUGCAAGAUCUCGAUCUGAGUAACACCGGCGUGCCGAAACAGGUCGGAUUGUUCCGUAAACUCACUGUACUACGGAAGCUGGAUCUCAGUGGGAACCGCUUCCGGGAUCUGGCGCGUAUCGAUAUCUUCCAAAAUCUGACGUCACCACUGGAGACGCUUGACCUUUCCGAUAAUAUCAUGAUGGCUAUACCGAAAUCCGAAUCCUUCACCAAUUUAACAGCAACGUUGCAGGAACUCAUUCUCAGGGGUAACAAAUUCCACAGUGAUCUUUUGGAUGUACCCGAUGAGAACAGUUAUCCGGCGCCGGUUCCACUGGAAUUCACGUUCCCGAAGCUGACGCGAUUGGACUUGUCCAAAACGGGGUUAAAGACGUUUAAAGGAUCGUGGACAGCCAAUUUCCCAGUGCUGCGGACGUUGGAUAUCAGCUGCAACAAAUUCAAGCAAGUCACCAGAGAAUUUUUUGUGGAUCUGACACCCUCUCUGGAGGUGUUGGUUAUGGAAUUCUGCGCGGAAAGUAUGCAGGCUGCGCCCAAAGUGCACGAGCUGGCAUUCACGACCCUGGGUAAUGGGAGUCGGAGCAAGCUCUCGCAGUUAGUCCUCAAAUCCGGUUAUUUCAAAACAUGGAUUUUGAAAUAUUUGCGGCAACUGCCGGCGGUGACGAAAACGUCAUUAAAAUGGCUAGAUCUCUCAAAGAACCAGAUUAAAUAUCUGGAUGGCAAGAGUUUAACGGGUUUUAGUUAUCUGGAAAAAUUGAAUCUGGGAGAGAAUUUCAUCCAGACUAUCGGACCGAAAAUGUUCAGUGAUUUAAGUAAUCUGCGUUGGCUAAAUAUAUCCGGCAAUCACAUUGUCAGCAUACAGGUCGGGGAAUUUGCCGGGCUAAAUAAUUUACAACUCCUGGAUUUGUCCAAUAACGGACUGUUAAAUUUUGGUCUGGGAUCACUUGAUAGUUUAAAGGAGCUGACUCAUUUAUACCUGGCCGGCAAUAAUCUUCGUGGUUACAUUGGAAUGUUUGUCGAUGGUGGGAAGAAACUGCGGCAUCUGAGUUUAGCGCGCAAUCCCUUUAUAUCCCUAUAUACUUACCCAACAGGCUGUGUGGACCGCAAAGACCUGAUUCCACUGGAAAAUCUGCAGUUCCUCUACAUCGACAAAGCCGUUUCCUUGUACAUUGAUCACGGCAACGAAGACGGUCGAGCGAAGCUGAUCGCCAAGAUGCGGGCUACCAAACCGGAGCCGCGUGACCCAUACAAUUUUGACUGCCAGUUUGGGAUACCGCUGAACGGACCGGACGGAACCGCGCCGGAUAACCAUGAACCAGGUGGGUUCAGCGAAUGGAUGGAUGAUUUUCUGCGCCUGACGGUGUUCGAUCCGACGGAUUUGACCACGCGGACAUUCGUGGCUAUGAUCCCGAAGUGCAUCGCGUACAAUGACAAACAAGUGAGGAAUUCCACGACGAAUUUCAUCUGCCCCAUCAAAGAUCCCAAAACGUUCGAUCCGACCGCUAAAAAACCUGCAGAUGACAAUAACAGUUAGAAGAUGGUCUGUGGAAAAACAUGACUACAACUUUUGUUAUCGUUAUUGCAUGUACAGAGGGUGAUUUUGCAAUAUGCUUCCACUUUCUUUAUGAAUUUAUUGUCAUCCUCACCGUGCAUGUUUUAUUUUUAGAGCCGUUAAGUUUGAAAGCUCUUUCUCUUAGCGAUCAUAACAAAUUAAUUUUAAGGAAUAGAAAACAAUAUAGAAUACGGUAGGAUUUUGCAAACCGACAAGGGUCUGUGCGCUACACUGUAACAAUUUGCAAAUCGUUUUCCAAUGCUUUCCAUUAAAAAUUUGCUAAAAAAUCGUCAUCAAUUCAUACUCUAUGGGUGCCAGACUUCGUGAACUGUUACAUCAUGUGGCUUUCAGAAAACAUCUGGAUUCGUGAGAUUCUAGGCACUGGUACGUUGUGUUAGCUUCUUGAACUGGAAGACAGCCAUUUUGACUGCUUCCCUUGCGUUCCUCCCCGGGUUGCAAAUCCAGAUUGCUUUUUUUGAGAAGUUUUUUAAGCGACUUUUUUAGUAUAGACAUCUACGGUGGUUUUAUUACUGGGAGGGACCACAUGCACUGCAUUAUUGUCCCGGUAAAUAAUUUCGGAAAACAAACAUCAUCCGUUUUCGUUUUUUACCAAAUUUUGAUUUUUUGUUAAUACGAUACUUAAAAGCGGCAGCACGGAAUUUCGUAUCUCCUGUCCUAAUAAAGAAGCUACAUUUGCGCCUCACCGAUUACGAUGGUCUAUAUCAAAUUUCAGAAAAUAAGGAAACUGGCAAAAAGAUUUCCUCGUCAAAAAUUUGUUUAAGUUUGGAAAACUGGGCGUUCCGCUUUAAAAUCACUUUUGAGUGACACUUACUUCGUUUAUAGAAUUCAACUAAUGAUGAAUUAUAAAGCACAUAUUGAAGUAUUUUUAAGCGACAAGUAGUGAAGGAAAGAACAAGGGAGAGAAUUUCUACAAAUUUGUGUCCGUGCUGGAAGCAUAUUGCGAAAUCACCCUCUGUAUUCUGUAAUCCGUAUAUUCGAAAUACUGCUGCGUUACAGUUGCCGUUUUUAUAUCGAUGGUGGUGCCUUCCGUGUUUGUUCAUGUGUUUUUUACACACACAAGGGAAAGAAUAAAAGCGUCCAG